AUGGCAGAAAUAUACCAGAUAGAUGUACCCCUUAUCACAGAGCGGCUGCGAGAGCUGGAGCUUAUCUGGCUGGAUCUCGGAUCCACUGAUCACGAACGGCAUGAACAAUCCACCCGAAUACUGCAUGUGGUGGAUGAUGCGAUUGAACGUGAGUGUGCGCGCAAGGCAUCGUUAGUGGUAGAAGUACACGCGCUAAACCAGGCCAUAGACGAAGCUGAGUUAGCCCUACGUGAUAGUAGUAAUGGGGUUGAUGCUGUGGAUUUAAACCGAAGUUUCUCCUCCAUGAUGAGAAACGAAGUGGGGGAGAAUGGGAGUACUCCCCCGCACACACCGCCGCUGAUUAAGCCUGAGCAGUUUAAGUCACUGCAUCCCAACGGUACGUUGCCAUUGGUUACGCAGAAGAACGAAGCGCUGGUCACGAUCAAAGACCUGAAUCUGGUGCUGCACGAGCGCCGAGAAGUGCUGUUGACAAAUAUGGAUGGAAUAAAAGAGGUUUGGGAAAGGUUAGAUUACAAACCCAGCCCGAAUGAACACGCUAUGCUCCGAUUCGAAGACGUUAUGAAUGCGGAUUGUCGGCUCCCUGGAUGCUGGUCACAGUCGCGCAUCCACACAUACGACGCCGCGCUGGUUCGCGCGCGAGCAGAGGAAGCGGCACGCGUGGAGAACAUCCGCGAUCUAAUCAGCGUGCUGAAUGGGCUGGAACAGCGCGUGUAUAUGACCUAUGAUCCUAACAAGUUAGCCUAUCGAGAUGCAUCCUUGGGUGAUAGUGUGGGCACACAGGACGCGGAAUCUUUCCAGCCGAGGACAGAUAUCAUAAACGGAAUGAAGGGAUCCAUUGCCGAACUAUUGGAAUUGAAAGAAGCACGCAAGCAAGAACUUGCAGAUCUCAGAAGCAACAUCCGCGACUUGGAGGGAAAAUUAGACGUUGAGAUGGAAUUUGGCGCACUAACUCGCCAUGAGCCAAAGGGAGACUACGAACCCUUAUCCCGUAUGCAAUUGAACAAAUACGGGGCUAUAUGGAACAAGCUGCGUGAGAUUCAGCUCGAACGUAUCCAGGACUCUGUGGACGCCGCUAUAGGCCAGUUGCAGAGUAUUUGGGCCGAAGCAGGGGUGAGCGAAAGCGAGCAGCAGGAGUUCUGGAAAGCGCUGAAAGAUCCGUACACGAUCGAUAGUUUGCAGAGCAUCGAGAAUGAGGUUCGACAUUGGCAAAAGUACAUAGAGAAGGCAAAGGUUAUUAUCACCAUGAUUGGGAAAAGAGCGGAUUUUCUGAAAAAAAUGCGAGAGUUCGAGGUGUCGGCUUCGGACCCCGCACGCUUCAAAGGGUCAUCUCUGCGAUUCCUGGAAGAAGAGAAGUUUCGCAAAGGUGCUUAUCCCUCGCUCUUAAAGCGGGAAGCCAAUCUGCGCGAUGCCGUCAUGCGCUUUGAGGAAGAGAACGGUGAACCCUUUCGCUAUCAGGGCGGAAAAUAUAUCGAUAUUCUCGAUGAGGAAAUCAAUACCCGAGUGCUUAGUGCGGAUGUGUUCGGCAUUGCGGGACAAAGUAGUCGCACACCGGGAAGGAGGCAAACCAGUGACCGGUCGCAGCACUCACAGUCAGUAAAAAGGGAGACAUCGCCACCAAGGACGGGGAGGAGUGCGAGAACCCCCGCAGGAAACUCCACCUUUGCCACCCCGGCAGCGCGCAACCAAACCAGGACACCAUCACAAACACCCAUUCACAGCACACGUACAGGCAUGCGCGCACCUAAUAGCGGUAUGUCAGAGCGAAGAACCAAAAUCCCCACACCCAGUGCAUCGCGGGGCAGUGUGACCCCUCAGGCACAUGUAGACAGACAAAGGUCACAGCCGAGUGACCACAACGUGCGCUCCAAUCUAAAUUCGGUGAAUGGACGUUUUCAAGACUGA